AUGGAAAUCAAUCAUGACGCAUUUAUACAACAUAUAAAAGACGUAAAUACGACAACAUAUGGGACUAUUAUUCACGAUGAAGACACAUUAAACUAUUUUCUUGAAGAAUUUGAUACAAAUAAAAAUUUAGAGCUUCGUUUUCUUGCAUACUGCUUGAAAUUCAAGUGUGUAAGCUUUGAAAACUAUGCCGAAGAACUAUAUCAGAAAAUUAUCAACUACGAAGAUUUUUCAAGAAGUUUACUUGGAGAUUCUUACAAUGAACCACUAAAAGUUUUAAGCCAAGAUAUAUCUAAGGUUAUUGCAGCCGAUGAACCUCGCGGAUACAACUUUUUCAUUGAAAUUUGUCACACAUUUGGUGUUCAGCUUCUUGAUGAAGAAUACGGACAUCUUUCAACUAAAAGAAUUCAUUCCGUUAUUGGACUUAUUUAUCCAGAACUUUCAUACACUCAAGGCUACGACAGAUAUACUUUAAUGUGCUUUGGCUUAGCAUUGAAGAUAGUUCAAUCACUAGGAAUAGAUAACCAUUACGCAGAAGGCUUAUGCUUCGACUUGGUUGUUAAAUUUAUACAAAUUGCAAAUAUUAAUGAAAUUUUGGAAAAUCCACACGGCCAAGAAAUGUUUACAGAGAUAGACAAUUCAAUUCAAUCAAUUAGUCCAAAACUCUACGAUAAUUUGAAAGAAUACAGCAUAUCUUCUUUAUAUUUUGCCAUAAGUUGGCGACUACUGUUCUUUACACACGUACAUCCAAUUUUGAAUGUUUUAAUAAUAUGGGAUAGGUUUUUACUCCAUUCUAUACCAAGUCGUAAUAUUAAUAACUAUUUUGUUUCAUUGGCUUUAGCUCAUAUAAAGCAAGUUGUUGCUACUCUUGAUGAAAACAAUUUAGGCAAUUCUGUAGUUGAAAAUAUCCAAUCUUUUACAGAUUAUGAUUUGUCAGCGAUAAUAACAGACGCUGAACAAUUCUUCCACCAGAAAAUUGAACAAGAUGAAGAAGAGCAUAGUCCAAGUGCUACUGAUGCUUUAUUGUCCAUUGCAGGCUUUGCAUUUGACGUUUUAAAGGCCACAACUAAAUUAGCUACUAGAACCGUUCUUAAGAUUAGUGUUAUGACAAUCCAACAUGCUCUUAACAUCGGAAGUCCAGAAGAACAUAAUCAUAUUCCUCACACAAUUUCACCUCAAAAUAUUGAGUCUCCUAACGACUUUGUACGAGAAGUACUUUUCUAUCUUAAUGAUCUGUAUGACUAA